GGUCCGCGGACGAGAGGAGGGAUGGGCUCGUGCACGCGCGGGGCGGGAGCUCAAACUUCCGCGACUCGCAGGCGGUGUGGACCCGCAGGGCGGGGCGGGGCGGGGCGGGGCGGGGCGGGAGGCGCUCCCGGGACGCGGGCGGCGGCGGCGAGCGCUCCCCUCCUUCCUCGCUUUGUCGGGAGGAGCCUUCGCUUCCGACGGGCGGGGCCGGGGCGGCGGGUGACCUGGAGCUCGGAACUCGGCCGGGACUCCUCAGUGGAGGUUUUUGUUUCCAUUUGCCUUCUGAAUCUGCUCACUUGUAGCGUGGCAUGCCGGCAUUUGGAAUUGACUUGUAUUUGACUUGACUGCUCUUGGCCCCCGAAGGCUUCCCCGCUUAGGGUUCGGAAGAGUUCUACCUUCAUAAUCUCUGCUUUCACACCAAAUCUACAGAAAAUGAACAAAUCUGAGGGAUCAGUUUCAUUCACAGAUGUGACUGUGGACUUCACUCAGGAGGAGUGGGAACAGCUGGACCCUUCCCAGAGGAUCCUAUACAUGGAUGUGAUGCUGGAGAAUUACAGCAAUUUACUAUCAGUGGAAGUGUGGAAGGCUGAUGACCAGAUAGAGAAGGAGCAGAGAGACCCAGAUGAGCAGGCAAAGCAAUUUGUCACCUUUAACAAUCAGACCUCAACUGAGGAAAGAGGUAAUAUCUCUGAGAAAACAUUUAAUCUGAACACAGACUUUGCUUCUUUAAGACAAGUGCCCUAUAAAUAUGACUUACAUGAAAAAUCCUUGAAGUAUAAUUCAGACUUACUUAAUAAUAGAAACUACACAAAAAAACAAGAUGAUGAGUGUACUGAAUUUGGAAAUGCACUCCUUUAUGUAAAGGAAGAGAAAACCCACAAUGGAGUGGAAUACUCUGAGUACAAUAAAAGUGGAAAAAUCUUCAGUCAUAAAGAAGGUAUUUUUAAACAUCAGAAAAUUGGAAAUUUGGUACAACCUUUUAUUUGUAACUACUGUGACAAGGCUUUCUCCUUUAAGUCCCUCCUUGUUAGUCACAAGAGAAUCCAUACUGGAGAAAAGCCUUAUGAAUGCAAUGUUUGUAAGAAAACCUUCUCCCACAAGGCAAACCUAAUUAAGCAUCAGAGAAUUCAUACCGGGGAGAAACCCUUUGAAUGUCUUGAAUGUGGAAAAGCUUUUACCCACCAGUCAAACCUCAUCGUACACCAGAGAGCACAUAUGGAAAAGAAGCCAUAUGGAUGCACUGAGUGUGGCAAGACAUUUGCCCAAAAGUUUGAACUUACUACGCACCAGAGGAUUCAUACAGGAGAACGACCUUAUGAAUGUAACGAGUGUGCAAAGACCUUCUUCAAAAAAUCCAACCUCAUUAUACAUCAGAAAAUACACACAGGGGAAAAACGCUAUGAGUGCAAUGAAUGUGGAAAAUCCUUUAUCCAGAAUUCACAGCUCAUUAUACACACAAGAACUCACACAGGAGAGAAACCCUAUGAAUGUACUGAAUGUGGCAAAACAUUCAGCCAGAGGUCAACUCUUAGAUUACAUUUGCGAAUCCACACAGGAGAGAAACCAUAUGAGUGUUCUGAGUGUGGAAAGGCCUUCAGCAGGAAGUCACGACUCAGUGUCCACCAGAGAGUUCAUAUAGGGGAGAAGGCCUGAGGCUGCAGCCAGGUUGCACUAUAAAAACCUGCUAGUGAGGAGGAAACUUCGUGAAGGUACUGGAGAAACAUGAAAAUUCAUACUAGAUACCAUUUAUUGACUCAGAUAGUGUCUUUUAAAUAAAUUAUGUUGCAAGAUCAACCACCUGAUCUAAAAAAUAUGUACCAGAAUAUGUUGAAUUCCAAAUAGACACACAUAAUAUACUAGAGUGAACUUUUUAAUUUUUUGAAUUAUUUAAGAGUCAACUAUUCUGGGCAACAGCAUAAUCUACAGACUAUCUUAAGAAUGUAGUGUUCAUGAAUGAGAUUGUGCCCCAAAACAAAAAUGUGUAUUUUAGAUUUGCACAUGUGAAUUUUUAAAGUCACUGGGAGUUUGAAAUGCUUGUUCUCAGAUGAUUAGGAGAUGUCACCCAAGGUUUUUAUAUCACACAUUAUGCUUUUCAGCAAUUUUACAAAAUAGUAUGCAUUCCAGGUGAAAUAUGUAACAAACUAUACAGUAGCAUGGAGUGUACUUUUUUUCCUACUGCUUACUUACAUGAAUUGGUACAACCAUUUGUUACUGAGCUGCCUCUUCAAUAAACAGUGUUGUUAAAUGUU